AUGACAAUUAAAAGACAUCACAUAACAACAGCUUGUCUUCAAUGCCGUGAGAAAAAAACCCGAUGCUCAGGUAAACCUUCAUGUCAACGGUGCAAAAAGUUCGACCUUGAAUGCGUUUUCAUUGCGCCCACUAAGAAUCGUGGACCCCCCAAAAUCUUGAAUAAUACUACCGAAAGUAGUAGAAUAAUCCGACCUUAUAAGGUAGAAAAACCGUUCACCACUCUACCGAAGAUUAACUCGUUGAAAUCUCAUCAACUGAAUUCGGGAUCAAAUUUUUUCUACUCAUCGAUUCUUUAUAUUAACGAGAAAUUGAUGGAUGAUGCUAAUAACAAUAAUCCAAUUGAUUGUGUCCAAAAUCGCUCUUGUCAGAAAAUAGAAAGCGCAUUCAAUAAUUGUCGCAUGAAUAAUAAUACGAAAUUGGAUUUGCCACCGCUGAUUAAGAAUCAUAAUACAGUCUUUAAUUAUUCCUCAGCGCCAACAUAUGAAGCUUAUGAAGCUCAACGACGACGCUCACAUGUGAAACUACCCUCAAUAAAACACUUGAAAUCUCUGACCUUUAACAAUCAUUCGGAAACUGCUGAUUCUUUCAUGCACCCGCGGCCACAAACAUAUGCUGACUUUAGGCCGAAUAAUCCAAGAGAAUUUCUGUGUCGAUAUAAAAAAGAAUCUUCAAAUGUGGAAUUUGAAAACCACACACAGUUUGAGCCAUUACCCAACUCAAACACAUGUCCACCUCCCUUUAUCCAUUCCUUCCAAAAAAUUCCAUCCCCCAAGUUAUCAUCAUCUUCGAACAUCUUGUUCGCUCCUCUACCUAUUCGCCCAAAGCCCCGAGAAGUCGAUCAAAAAUGGGGUCUACAAAGAUACUUUUAA